AUGCCAGGAUGUAAUAGUGAAGAAACAGAAAUUAAAAAUAAAAAACGAAAACAAGAAGUUAGAGAAAAGCAAGCGCCACAGGUAUAUUACAGAACUUAUAUUUCCGAAGAUUUCUCAAAAAGUUUUGAAGACCUGUUGAUAAUUGAUAGACAUCCUAGUGCAAAUCGUUCGAAUAAUUCAUAUCCAUCAUUGUCGUCAUCUUCCGUAAAAGAUUUAUCUGUAAAUAAAGACGAUAUUGAUGCUCCUAACAAUAAUCAAGACAAUGCUAUGAAAAAUUUAUCUAGUAGUGUUUCGUUGAAAGUUAUAGAAUUAGAAGAUUUUUUAGAAUCAGAAGAACAAAACCUUAUUGGAGGCAAAG